AGCGAAUACUGUACCGGUGUAUCGUUUCUAAUAUGCAGUUCACAGAAUCAUGGAAACUUCGGUUCUAAAACAACUGAAGAUAUUUCAGAUCAAUUUUUGUGUUGUUACAUCGUACACCCGCUCUAAUAAAAACGUCACUUCAACUGAUGUGACAGGCAAACAUCGCUCAGUUGUUCUGCUUUCAUCCAUUGUUCUUUGAUUCGUACUAACGCCAGUGCAUACGAGAUAGGAGUCUUGUUAUACACACUGCAAUUUACUACAGAAAUGGCAGCUACAAAGGAUGAGGAAUCUGAGGAGAACAAGCACAUAGAAGAGGAAAUUAACCUAAUGAUGGAAAAACUGAAGGAAGAUGAUUACAGCCAAUAUAGACAUGCACUUGAAACUCUUCGUAAUCUUAUCCGCUCAGCAACAACCUCAAUGACAAGUGUUCCCUUUCCUUUAAAACAUAUGCGUUCUCAUUAUCCUUCACUCAAGGAAAUUCACAGAAAAAUGAAAGAAGGGAAGACUCGAAGCCUGUGUGCAGAUGUAAUAUCUGUUGUAUCAAUGGCUAUGUCAGAUGUUAAAGAAUUAGAAGGAAAACGAGAGUGCCUCAAAUAUUGCCUCCAAGGUCUGCAGAGAGAUAUUGCUGAUUGGGGACAUGAAUAUGUCAGGCAAUUGGAGACAGAAAUAGCUGAAGAAUGGUUGGAGACCCCUUUAUACAAUAAUGACAGUACUAGAGAGCAGUUACUCAAACUUGUCAAAGCAAUAGUAGAGUUUGAUACAAAACAUAAUGCAGAAAUACAAGCCUGUGAUCUUUUAAUGGAGAUUGGUUGCCUUGAUGUCCUUGAACCCUAUGUUGACGCAGCAAAUCACUCACGCAUUUGUCGUUACCUUGCAAGUUGUGCUUUAUAUGUUGAUGAAGCUGAACGUUCUGCAAUACUAAAUACUGUAAUGAACACAUAUAUGAAGUUUCAAGAACAUGGCCAUGCACUCUGCUUGGCAUUGCAGAUAGGUGACAUGGAGAAAGUUGGUGCAAUUUUUAAUGCAUGUACAGAUCUGAGCAUGCGGAAGCAACUGGCCUUUAUAGCAGCACGGCAACUUGUGUUUGUGGACAGUGUUGAUGAUGAAAGUGUAGGAGCUCAGGAACUAAUCAGUGUGAUGUCAAACACUCACCUCAGCGAUCAUUUUCACAAAUUGGCGAGAGAGUUGGAUAUUUUAGAACCUAAGACACCAGAAGAUGUAUAUAAAACCUGGCUGGAAAAUACUUCAUUGGCCUUUCCUACUCUUGACUCAGCACGAAAUAACCUGGCUUCAAGCAUAGUAAAUGCUUUUGUCAAUGCAGGAUUUUGUUCUGACAAGCUCAUGACAGCUGAUAAUGGGAAACAUUGGAUAUACAGAAACAAAGACCGUGGAAUGUUGUCAGCGACUGCAUCACUGGGACUCAUUUACUUGUGGGAUGUAGAAGGAGGUCUUUCACCAAUAGAUAGAUAUCUAUAUACAAGUGAAGAUUUUAUAAAGUCUGGAGCUCUCUUAGCCUUGGGAGUUGUUAACUGUGGUGUAAGAAAUGAAUGUGAACCUGCAAAAGCACUGCUGAUGGAUUAUGUUUUACAUGACAGCAAUAUACUGCGUAUUGGAUCAGUUCUAGGUCUUGGGUUAGCAUAUGCUGGCUCGAAUCGUGAUGAUAUUUUGGAAUUACUGUUGGUUGCUCUGGCAGAUGAGAACUCCAGUCCUGAAGUGGUUGGUCUAGCUGCUGCAGCUUGUGGUCUCAUUGCUGUAGGUACUUGCAAUGACACUGUUGUCAGUGCAAUUGUUCAUCGUUUGCUCCAUAUGUCAACAAUAUUGAAAGCUAGCACAUAUGCUCGUUUUUUACCACUGGGCCUUGGUCUCUGUUUUCUUGCACAGAAGGAAGCAGUUCAAACAUGUGUAGCAGUUUUGGAUAAUGUGUCUGAUCCAUUAAAACAAGUUGCACAGACAAUGCUUCAGAUAUGUGCAUAUGCAGGAACAGCCAACGUGCUAGUAAUUCAGCAGAUGCUUCACAUAUGUUCUGAGCAUCAUGAACCACAAGAGGAACCGGAAAGUGUGUCGACAGAUAAGAAGCAGGCUAAAAUACACCAGACAAAAAGUGUGAGGUCACAACCAGAGGUUCCCUUUAGUGAAGAUGUGACCUCUGUCCAAUCAGUAGCAGCACUUGGUGUUGCUGUUAUAGCUAUAGGAGAAGAAAUAGGAAAUGAAAUGACUAUCAGAAUGUUUGGUCAUUUGAGUCGCUAUGGUGAGCUCGCUGUACGAAGAGCAGUGCCUUUAGCCAUAGCACUUAGUUCCAUUUCAAAUCCUCAGCUGGCUCUGAUUGAAAUGCUGAAUAAGUUCUCCCAUGAUUCUGAUCCAGAAGUGGCGCAGAAUGCUAUUUUCUCAAUGGGACUGGUUGGAGCUGGCUCUAAUAAUGCAAGGUUGGCCACUAUGUUACGACAUCUAGCACAAUUUCAUGGAAAGAAUCCUGAAAUGUUGUUUAUGGUGCGGAUUGCACAGGGUUUAACACACAUGGGGAAAGGUACCAUGUCAUUGGCACCAUUUCAUACUGAUCGACAAGUGCUGAGUCGUGUGGCACUUGGAGGCCUUUUAAUUGUCCUUACUGGAUGCCUUGAUAUUCGAAAUAUUAUACUGGGCAAAUCACAUUACCUUUUGUAUUGCUUGGUAGCUGCUAUGCAUCCACGCUGGCUUAUUACUUUGGAUGAAAACUUGGAACCUGUGAAUGUAUUUGUUAGAGUGGGACAGGCUUUGGAUGUUGUUGGAAAAGCAGGGACACCAAAAUCAAUCACCAGAGGUCAGACACACACAACUCCAGUUCUUCUUGGUGUAGGUGAGCGAGCCGAAUUGACAUCUGAAGAAUACAUACCGCUUUCACCAGUAAUGGAAGGCUUUGUUAUACUACGCAAAAAUCCAGAUUUUGAAGUUACUAACUGAAAAUAGUUAAGUAUGUAUAAAAGCCAGACAUAUACUCUCUAUUUCUGUAGUAGAAUAGGACAUUUUAAAUACUUAUGUUAGUGAAAUACUUAGAUAUUGUGUAAAGUUGUCAAGAAGGGGCUAAUUCAUAGCUCUUUUUUUGUAUUUGAGUAAAUGUAUUCAUCAAAUGAG